CUGAUUCUAGAGGCUUCCAAGAAGCGAGCUACUUCCCCAUCACCUUCGCUGCAUGCUUCUUGGAAGGGGUCAUCGGUCUUCCAUAACUGAAGGGCUUGAACUGAAAGGCUGACCGUCCAUCUGUUCAAACACCCAGCACCUUCUAAUUGAGCACCCACCCUGCCCCACUCCGGGCUCUCGGAAGCACGCCCACUCGCCCACGUUCUCUGGUGUCCUAGCAACCAGAAGCUCUCAUCUGAACUCCGGCCCGGACAGAGGCCAUUUUCUCCCAUGACCUGCUGCCUCCCUGGACCUCUGCGGAUCUGUCCACACAGCUUGUGGGUUCCCUGAAAGCCACCACUUGUCCCCGAGGACGCCCAGAAGCCCAGCCACACCGAGCCUACCUGCAGGAUGAGCUUCUCACUCACGUUCUCCGAGCUGGUCAACAUCGCCAUCCCGCAGUGCGGGGUGGUGAACUUCAAGGCCCUGCACCUCCUGCUUCAGGGCAUCCUGGAGCACAUCCACAUGGCUGAGCUCAAGAAGGUCCUCUCAGGAGACGAGGACUUUCUUCAGACCUCACCAGUUGUGUUCAUGCCCCGGGAAGCAGACGCCCAGCCCGUCCUCAGCCCCAUGAAGAGGCUCAGCAAUGUCUUUGACCACGUGGUGAGCCGCAUCGACAAGAUGGAGAGCCAGCUGGCCGUGCUGCAGGACCUGCCCUCCACUUCCCAGCUGCUGGAGGGCAGCCAGGGCAGGGGCCAGCCCGCCCAGGACCUGUGGCACCUGAUAAAGCUCCGGAAGAUGGUGGAGGGCAACGAAGAAGCCACGGCAAAGUCCAUGAAGACUCUGCAGGAUUUGCUUACUGACAUUUAUGCACUCAGGAACACCAUUGAAACUCUCAGAAAGGAUGUGGACAGACUGAAGGACAUAGUUGACAAGAUGCAGCCAGAAAGAAUGGAUACUUUGUUCGAAGAUCUGAAAGGACAGAGCAGGAUGAUGAGUGCACUGCAGCGGGAAGUGGUUACUCUCCAGAGCAAAAUCCUCACCAUCCCCAAAGCUGAGGACGUGGUGCUCUGGAGCAGCCUCCACGAGGCCAUGUUCAACCCCGGAACUUCUGCAAGAGGAGCUGGUCCAACACAGAUUGAGGAUUCGGACCUGUGGCAGUUGGUGGAGCAGCUCCCAGAUACUGGUCUUCCUCAGACCACCGAGUACCGUGAAGCUGUUGGUCGUGUCCAGAUCUCAGAGGCCAUCCAGAGCCCCAGGUUACUGGAGACUAUCUGGCAUUACGAGACCCCCAGGCAGCUACAGGAGGAGGAAUAUGACCAAGCUGUUCUACUCACUGGGGCCCAGGGGCCAGGGCAGGCUCCGGGGCUUGAGCCCGGGUCUAUGCCCACACCGGGGCCACAGCCCGAGGCCAUACCUGCUCCGGGGCCUGUGCCGGGGCCCAGUCUGACACCGGGGUUCACACUACCACCUUGGCCUCCAUUCAUACCUGGGCCUGGCCCUGGACCUUGGCCUGCCCUUGGACCUGGGACUGCCCCCGGGCGUGCACCUGCCCCAGGGCUUCAGCCUAUGCCGGGAGAACGCUGGCCUUCCCCCAGAGGCUUGUCCAGGGCUAGCACGUGGCCCUUCUGGGGCUCAGGCUUCUUGGAGCCUGCACAGUCCCAGGACUUCAGGUCCCCACUGCCAGCCAGGGAGUUUAGCUCAGUGUGGCCCCGUCUGCUGCAGUCACAGUCUGGCCAGGCAAAGGUGCACCUGCUCCCAGCUGUCUCAGAAAUUGAGGAAGACUAUGUAUCCCAGGACGUGCCAGCCCCUCAGGACAGGGCCCCCAGGGCUGGGGUCCCCAAAGAAGCACCCGCUAAGACUCCCCAGUCUGCCCUUCAGCGCCUGAAGACCACUGCGGCCAUCGCGGCCGCCGCCGCGGCCUCCUACACAACGGCUGCCACCUCAGCGGCCCGGAGAGCCGAGGUUGUCGCCAAGGCUGUCAGGGACGCCCCUGCCACCAAGUUGGCCACCACAGCAACAUCCGUGGCUGCAUCCGGGCCCUUAGGGGCAUUCGCAGACAGCCUGGGUGCGGGCUCUUCCCGCGGGGCCUUGGCUUUCACUGAGGACACAGAGGUGGAGGACUUGAAGGUGUUGGGUGAGGACCUCUCUCCGCUGUACCCUGUUACCAGCCUCCCUCCUGAAAGGACCCUGUCCCAGGUCAUGCUGGCCGCCCAAAAGGCUGUGACCCCUGAAGACAAGAAGACGGCCGUCAGGUACUCCAUGGGCCGCAUAGCCCAGAUGCCCAUUAGACACGACUCCCUGAAAGAAGAGUUUGCCCAGCUGUCAUCCACCCUUCAACAGCGCUUGAAUUACCUAGCUAAUAUGGGAGCCUCCUCCAAGCUUGGGACGACAGUGGACGUACUGCAGGAAAAGAUCGGGAGCCUCCAGAGAUCCAGGAUAAAGGAGGAGGAACUCAAGAGAGUUUGGGGUCACCAGAUAGAGAAGAUAAAGAAUCACCACAUCGUGCUGGACAGGGCAGUGGAGAAGCUGCAGAUUCGCUUGGAUGACUUGAAGAUUGUCCAUGCUCAAAUUAAAAACCUUGAAAUGCACAAGGUGGACAAAAGUGUGAUGGAGCAGGAGUUGAAAGAGAAAGCCGACAGGAGCACCCUGGCAAGCAAGGCGAGCCGGGCCGACCUGGAGACAGUGGUGACAGAGCUCAACGAGAUGAUUCAGGGCAUGCUCUUCAGGGUCGUGACCCAUGAAGAUGACUGGAAGAAAGCUCUGGAGCAGCUGAGCAAGGACCUGAGCACCAAGCCGGUCCACAGCGAUUUGAAUGGUCUGAAGAAAGACAUGGAUGAGAUCUGGAAAGUACUCAGGAAGCUCCUGAUUGAAGGCCUCCGAUUUGACCCUGACAGAGCUGCUGGCUUUAGGAAGAAACUGUUUGAGCGGGUGAAAUGCAUCUCCUGCGACCGGCCAGUGGAGCUGAUGACGGGCCCGCCACUCAUCACCAUCCGCAAAGCCCACCUGCUUUCGAGGCUGCGGCCAGCCAGCGCCAACACCUAUGAGUACCUGCAGCAGCAACAGUUGAGGGAACACCGGCGGCUACAGCAGCUCCGGGACCUUGGAGACCAGCACAGUAGUCUGGAUUCGCUGGGGUCCCAGAAGGACUGGGGCGAUGGCCCUGGCAAUUUUGCCAACCUCAAGUUCAACUCCUAUGACUUGUCAACGCUCUACCCCUACGGGGACCCCGAGGUGUUGGACUAUGACACCGCUGAGGUGGACAUUCUGGGAGUGGACGGGAUCCUGUACAAGGGCCGAAUGACCAACCAGGAUGGGGCACGGCCUUUGACCAGCGUUGAGAAGGAGAUGACAGCUGUGAAGAUUCCGCACCCCCCAACUCGAAACCUGUAUGAUCGUGAACGCCCGAGUAACUUUUAUGGUUCCAUCUACCCCCCCCUGCACCCCCACGCCAGCUCGGCUGCCUUAGGCCCCCCGCCUACGACACCAGCUCGGCCUCCAUCGCUGCCGCCCCUGCCACUGCUCCCCCCACUGACGCCAUCCGGGCGGGACCCCCAGCAGGCCCCAGGGCCCGCCCGGCACUCAAGGGCUCUGCGCCUCGAGUCCCGAGCCAGCAUGCAGCCCUCCGAGGAGCCCACCAAUCCGUGA